UAGGUAAGCAGAAAGUUGCCCAAUCUCACCAUAAAAGUCUUUGAUACAAAAUGGACUGAGUAUUGAUCAAAAGAUCGUUAAUCGAGGAGCGGAUAAGGAGGGGCAAUGUAAUUGUAGAGCGAUCAAUCACCACGUAAGACUGCAAAAGAGAAGUUUCGUAUUCAAAGAUUGAUGGUCUGUGCACUGGGUGGGACAAAAGCAGAGCUGAUGCUGCGCUACUAUGUCAUUGAAAAGGAAAAUCUUCGAUAGGUAUUCAAAAGCACAACAGUGAUAAAUGCGACGGUUUAGUUGAGCAAGAUUCCGAAAACAGUGAAUAUCAGAGCGUUUGUUUGGCGUACACAAAGCUCAGAACGUGUUUAUAAACAAGAUCCCGUCAACCAAACUCUUUCAUUUAUACUCAGCAACCUUUUGACAGUGUUGGUUCCUCUACAAAGAUGGAUCAAGAUAGAAUUGCUCGUAUGAAGAGGACCGUGGAAAUGUUAAGGCGACAGAAACGUGAUGCAGAGGCAAGACGAUUUGGAAGAAUCAAUUCAGAUCAAGAAACAAGGGAUGCGGUUCCUGCACCAGGGCCAAGCACCAAUCCACAGCAACCAGCCAACAAUCGAAAACGAUCCAAGACCCAAGCAUCAGAUCAACGACCACCUUGAGUUCAAGCAAUUGGUUGGAUACAAAUCGAAAUGACUUUCCUUCAACCUCAGCGACCAAAGUACUCGAAGAUGAUAGAUUGAAGGCUUUUUGCCAAAAGAAUAGGAGUCAUCGCUAUACUAAACAUGGUAUAAAUGACAUUGUCUAUCGGAUUUGGUUUGCUCCCAAGCAAAACGUACCACUUUUGGUGGUAAGUUUAACAUCGAUGUUUAAGGAAGUCAUAAAGUAUGUUUUGGAAAAACUCCAACAAGCUUUUGCCGAGGAAGAAAAUCGUCAAAUAUACAUGGUAAGAACUAACGCGAAUGAAAGUUUAAGCCAGGCCAUGACUUGAUGUGCUCCUAUGGAUUUCAGACUUUCAGCGUCGAAGGAAUAAAUCACGGAUUAAACACUUAAGGACCCGUUAACGUGCACAUCUUGUCUACCCAAAAUAUGUAAUGGCACAUAUUCUCCUUGCCUUUAUAGAGGAAACUUCAGCAUGCACACUGACGUCCGAGUCAUAUUAGAUAUCAUGAUGGAAAUAAUGUCCAAUUAUUUUCGAUCUAAUCAGGCGUUAGAGUUGAACCAGGGAGUGGAGCUUAGGGUCAAGAUCUUGUCCCUUGAGCAUGUGGACCACAAAAUGGCAACACAAGGUUUUAUACCUCAGGCUCCAAUCAAUCAAGAAGCAGGGGCUGGAGAUUUUCAAAUGUUUCCAUGGGAAUUCAAUGUUCAGUUUGACUUCAAUGAUUUGCGUUUCAAGGACAAUUGCCUUAUUUCCUCAGUGACGGCAGGUUUUUUCCUGGAACAAUUUUUGAACAAAACAGAUUUGAAAACUUGGGGAACAAUCCGGUUUUUACAUUCUCUGACUUUAAAACGAAGGCAGCGUGCUCAAAUCCUUCUGCAUGAGAAAUCAAUAGAAAUUGCAAAUCAGUUGAACAUAUCGUUCGGAGGGCCUCAAAAAGUUGAAGUGUUCGGUGAUAUUGCCGCAGUGUUGGAAAUGAACAUUGUUGUCCAUGGAUCGCAUGGAAUAUUAUAUAUGUUUCCCCCGACCUAUGCUCCUCAACGACCUAGCUUGAACUUGUUCUUGAGGCCAGAUGGUGUGGAUUGCAUUGCUCACAUAUCAGUAAUCAAAUACAUGUCAUUGUUUGAAAAGACCAUGAAGAAGCGAUGUUAUUUCUGUAGAAGCGUGUUCCAUUUUCGAAGUACUCACUCUUGUGAGAAAAGCAAGCCUUGUCUGAAGUGCAAGAGACCGAUUUUGCUUGAGGACUAUUUCAACGGACCAAGUAUGAAAAAUACUUAUUGUUCCUCUACUUUGACGGAAUCCAAUUGGGAGCUAAAAUGUCAUCACUGUGGUCAAGAAUUUCAGUCGAGAAACUGUUUGGAAGUGCAUACGAAAUCUUGCCGGCAUACUUUGUACUUCCCUUGUUGCAAUCGUCAGUUGCGGGUUCGAGGGAGGUCCCCAAUUGAGAUGCGAGCUAUUCAUGAUUGCUCUAAGAAAUUCUGCCGAUGUCGAGAAAUUGUUCAAAGGGGGAACAAAGAAGACCAUUGGUGUGAAGAGAGACAACAGGACGUCCAGAGGAGCCACAAAAAGCUUGGAUUGUUUUCUGUUGGCUUUUUGAACUCCGGAGAACCCGCCUUGUGCAUUGCAUACCAUCAAUCCUAUUACAGCUAUUGUUUCAACAAAAAAUACCAUAAUCGGAGAAAAUGGAUCGCUACUGGGGGCAGACACUAAGGAGGAAGACGCCAUUGUAGAAGAUCCUUACCUGGAGGUGGAAGAUUCUUCACUUUAUGUCAAACGGAAGAAAUUUGGCCAUGUUGCUGUGGCCGAGACUCCCGAUUUAGUUGGAGCAAGAUUUGAAUCACGGCUGUGCAAAGUUUUAACAGCACAACCUAAUACCACUUGGUUCUGCAAUGACGACCAAUUCUUCGAAUAUGUCUUAAAUUUGUUCACUUCUAGUUCGAUCCCCGCCAAAACGAUUAAAAAUGGGUCCUGUCUCUAUGCCAUAAUUUUUUUGAAAGCCCAAAUGUAAAGAUAGUCAAUUUUAUGAAUUAUUUUUCUUUGCCGACAUGUAAAAUUUUGAAGCAAAUGAAUAUUGCCACUUUUUUCCCAACGAGAUUGCUCGAGAGGCACUUUCUCGAUUAUGAAGGGGCCAUUCCCAAGAUUGAGAAUUUUCUCGAGGAACAAACUCCCAUUGAAGAGAAAAUGGCCAUCUGGGAUUUUCAUGGCAAAUUCCAGCAGGGGCAUGUUUGGCGUUGUCGAGAGCAACUGGACAGAUUCUUGGACACUGCUUGCGAGGGAUAAUUCGUCUGGCUUUUGACCUAUUAAGGGAUCAAGCUAGACUUCAAAAAGGAUUGUGGCAAGUGUACAAAAUUCCUCCUUUAAAGUGCUUUUUUCAUCCGUUUUCUAUGCCCAACAUAACUCGAGCAGGUAUUGGUUUUGAGCUGGAUGGUUGGCAAAUUGAAAGACAUUCAAAAUUUUCUAACUUCAAUUAGGUUACAAUCAUCGGGUCUACAAGUUGUUCCAUUCACUAAAUCCACGAGCAUCCUCGUCCAAAAUCUAUCUCAUCUCAAGAAAGGUUAGUGGCCCCGCGUGAAUCAAAACUGGCUUACAUCUCCUUCAACUCGGUCAUCAGCAUCAUUGGGUUUUGUGUUGUGCAUGCCUUCGACAAGAGAAAAAAGAUGUAUGUAAGCAUCGUACAAAGGCACGAAGUUUCCGUGGAACAUUCUACGUCACGUUUCCAGUGAAGUUUCGUGAAAUUCGUCUGUUUUUUUCCAGUUUUUUGGCACUCGUUCGUGAGUUUUAUAUAGGAGCUACGCAAGCAGAAUAAACGUGAAAAG